GUUUAUCGAUAGCAGCCCUUUAGAAAUGCAGUCGAUUGCUGAACGCCACUUCGUCGAAAACGUGUGAAAAUUAUCGAUUUACAUGACCAUCGAUCAAAUAAAUGCCGACAAGUGCACGUGUAUUUUUGUGAUCUAUCCUCGGAUUUGUGAAAUGAGUACUCUUUUAUUGCUGACAAGUAUUUAACAUACGUCACCAGCAAAUAAUUACUUAUCCCUUUCGUUCUGCAAAUAUAAAAGAAAAGAAGAGACAACAUGGCCAAGAAAAAAGGAAUUAAAAUCAGUAAAGUAAAACGCCAAAAUCACAUGCGUAAUAAGUUGGGGAAACGGGGCAAGCUCAAAUCAAAUAAGAAAACUUCAAAGUACUAUGGGAUCAAACCCCAAGAUAACUCCCAGAAACCAGAACCUCAACAAGAGGAAGAAAUCGCUGGUGAAGAAAUGUUGACUAUGAUGGAACCCGAAGAUCUAUUGUAUUUACAAAAUUCUGUUGCUGCAAGAAGUUAUGGUAUCUUGCAGAAAUUGCGAUCUGCAGAAUCAAAAUCUGGUAAAAGAGGCCGUGGUGAUGUUGCAAGGAAUAAGUUAGGGGAUAAUGAUGCACUGGAAAAUGCAUAUGAGGAAGAGAUGGGUCGACCAGAAAGUAAACGCACUAAACUGCUUCUUCCCAUCAAGACGAAAGAGGGUUUAGUAAUGCGAUCGACUGAGGUCGAUGUGUUAGAAGAAGAGAGACAGAGAUUAGAACGUGAAGUUAGAGAGAAAGAGAAAGAAGAAGAAAAGAAAAGAAAGAAGGAAGAAAAGAAGAAAAAGAAGAAGGGCCUGACAGAAGGAGAAGAGGAAAUGAAGGAAGAGGGGGAGGAGGAGGAGGAAGAAAAUGAACUGGAAUUGAUGGAGAAAGAAUUUGAAGAGGUAGUACCUCAAUCAAUUGCUGCAGUGGACUUGCUUGCAUGUCGAGAGGAUUUGUUACGCAAGCGGAAAUUCCAGAUUGGUCUACUUGCUUCUGGCUUGCUUGAAACACCAGAAAUGAAAGUUCGUAAUUUUAAGUUUUUAUUGGAAAUACUCAAUACAGAGGAUUCUGAAGUGCAAUUGACUGUCCAAAAGUUGGCGGCUGUGUCCCUGAUGGAAGUGUUCAAAGACCUUUUGCCAUCUUACCAAAUAAAGCACCAGGAAAAAAAAGGAGGAGUCAAACUAAAGAAAACUACUCAGCAGUUGGAAAAUUAUGAGAAAUCUUUACUUAAAGCAUACAAGACAUACUUGCAGAGCUUAGAGCAAAUGACAAAAGCUGUGAGGCGAAAACGUGGAGACUCCAAGUUUUAUGAUGAAAAGGCUGUAAGGCUUGGGGAGUUGGCAGUACGCUGCAUGACAGAGCUUCUUGUUCGUCAUCCAUACUUCAAUUUUUCUCCUAAUAUUGCACAAGACUUAGUUCACUUUCUUGAUAAUAAGAAUUCUAAUGUUCGAGAUAUUGUUAUGAAUGGUUUACGUACAGUCAUUAAAGAGGACAAACGAGGUGAAAUAACAUUACAUAUCGUUCGCAGAAUCAAUCAGUUAGUUCGCACUAAAAACCAUUCUGUUCGUCCAGAAGUUCUAACUGUCCUGUUGGCUCUGCGCUUGCGAGAUGUUAAUCUUGAUGCUGAGAAAGAGGCAGAGCUAAGAGACAAGAAGUUCAAGGCACGCAAACAGAAAAUUCUGAGUCUGUCAAAAAGAGAACGAAAAAGGCAGAAGCGAAUGGAGGAACUUGAGAAAGAAAUGCUUGAAACCAAGGCUGAAGAAAACAAACAGAGCAAGCAGAGGAAUCUAACUGAAGUGACCAAAACAGUGUUCACAAUAUUCUUUCGUGUAUUGAAAUGCGCACCAUCGUCUAAGUUACUAAGUGUCACGUUGGAAGGAUUGGCAAAGUUUGCACAUUGCAUCAACUUGGAAUUUUUCCAAGAUCUCGUGAAUGUUCUGGAUCAUCUUCUAGAAGAAGGGAACUUGGGCCAUGUUGAACAAUUGCACUGUGUGGAGACAGUAUUUACCAUUCUGUCUGGCCAGGGCGAGGCACUGAAUAUAGACCCCUUGCGUUUCUAUUCUCAUUUAUAUCGCAGUCUGCUACAUGUUCAUGCUGGUUCCACCAACGCAGAUGCUUUAAUUGUAUUACGUGCUUUGGAGAAAGCUAUUGUUGCUAGGAGGCGUAAAGUGUCUUUGCAGAGAUUGAUGGCUUUUAUAAAGCGCUUAUCUACUUUAGCACCACAUUUGUUACAUGGUGCUGCUUUGGGUUAUUUGGCAGUAAUAAGAAAUGUGCUGAUGCAGACAAGUGCUUGUGAUGUACUUUUGGAUACUGAUGCAACUCAUGGAGAUGGAAUAUAUCAACCUGAGCUGCCAGAACCUGAAUACUGUGGUGCUGGUGCUAGUUGUCUAUGGGAACUGUUAUUAAUGAAACGACACUAUCAUCCAGAUGUGCGGAAAAUGGCUCAAAAUAUUUUGAAUAAUGAAGAAUCCACUCUUGCACCAGAGGUUGCCAAACUGUCUCCUGCUGUUCUCGCAGAAACUUAUAAUUGCAGCCAAAUGGUAUUCCGACCAGCUGUGCCACCUCCUAAGAAGGUCAACCCUCGGCCUCAUCGUGGUGAUGUGAUAUUCAAAGAUGAUAAACUCGCCCAGUACAUGCAAAAUGUCGAAAAGUCUGUGAAUUUUGAAGGUAUUCAGAACUGGCAAGAAUCUGAGUUUCGAUCUCAAGAGAAAAUGGAGAUUGAGAAAGAAGAAAAUGAAUUUGAAAAUUCAAUGGACUCAGAAAGUUUGAGGACUUACGAGAGUAUAACUGAAAAUGAAAAUGGAUUUUAAUAGUGCCUGAGAAGUAUGUGAAAUGUGACAAAAACUACUCAGGACUUUUGUGAUUACUCAUGAAAUAAACAUGAAGUUCUUGAAAUACGUCUGCGCUAUAUGUGGAGUCAGGUGUUCUUGUUUUGUAAAUCGGAACAGUGAAUAUUACAGAAUCAUUUUAUAUGACAUGUUCACCAGCCUAAAAGCAGUACUGUUAUCUUCUGAAAGAGUUUAUGCAUGUGAAGUUUGCAUAUAGACUUUGUUGAUGUUCAUUUUCUGUGAUCACGUUAGUUACAACAUUGUAAAUAAAUAUUAUGGGUGUGAUUUUGAUAAUAUUUUAAUAAGUGAGUUGUUAUUGCAUUGCAAUAUCAAGCUAUGUAGAAAAAUGACAUUAAGAAUUAUUCAGAAGAGAAGAAUGAGAGUGAGGUGUAGUGAAAAUAAAUGUAUUUAUAUUUCAUUAUUUAGCGUUACUAAUUAUUGUCCCUAACACUUCAUUAAUGCUCAUUGUGGUUACAAGGUAGAAUGGAGUCAGCCUGAAAGCAUGAAACAAUCACCACUCCUCAGCAAAUACAAUGUGUUAAUAUUUGAAGCAGUAGGCUAAUACUGACAAGUUUUAAAUUUUGGAAGGAUAUUUAAGUGGAUAUUAGGAAGGAUAUUAUAUGUUAACCAAUGCAAAUCAUUUGAUGUACAAAUAACAAUUUUACCAUGAAGUUGUUUGAUUUAGCCACACACGAAUAUGUGCUGUUCAAAGAAGAGACAAUCACUUCAUGAAAUGCAUUACACUUAAAUUUGGAUGAAAAUUAAGAAUGAUAAUAUUCAAUGUAACUGUUGCUGAUCUACCUGUACAGGAUGGUUACGUAUAACUUCUAAUUUAUGUAUAUUUAACUCCUCAGAGCCUUAAUGCAGUGAAAUGGUGUAACAUAUGUGAAUGUAGUAAACAUUUCAUUUUUAUGCAUUUUUCAUCAUCCAUGAAAAUAUGAUUGAAAUCCAUUGAAUACGUUUCUUAUUACA